ACCGUUUACUUGAGAAUGGCGGCUGCUGCCUGCAGUACGCACUGUGCGUUGGGCAGUAGUAGCAGUAAACCGCAGAAAGAGCACCUGAGGAGAAGUCGGGAUUCGCGCAGGCGACAGGCAGCCUUGCUGUUCCUUAGUAACAUUUCUUUGGACGGACGGCCCGUACAGCAUGUUAACAAUGCCAACCAGCUGAGCCACAGGGACAGCGAAUUCCUAGGUAUCGACAAUGGAUCAACAAAUGCAGCCCGGCUGUCACCUGCGACGAGUAGUUGUGGGACCUUUCAUAAUCUUUCAGCCUCAGUUAGCUGUGGGGCUGUCAGUUCCGUGCCGAGACUUGGGGUCAUCAACGUCCCUCUUCUGGUGUUGCCUUCGGACUCUGGGUGCAAUGAUGCUGGGACCACCGAGGUAUUUCUGGAGAGGGGAAGAGGGUCUUUCUCCUCACAGGGGAAUCUUCUUUCUCCAGCCAGUCUUCAGCCGACUCCUCUCGGACCUCGAAAGUCGCCAACAUUACACUCUGUUCAUAGCUGCAACUCUGUGUCUUCAGAUUCUCGGCCAAGGUCCCGCAAUCUGUCUGGCUCUCCAAAGCCUCGCCCGAUGAGGAAGGUGCACUUCAUCAAGAACAUGAGACAAUAUGACACCAAAGGCAGCAGGAUCGUGCUCAUCUGUGCCAAACGCUCCCUGUGUGCUGCGUUCUCAGUGCUGCCCUAUGGAGACAGCUUCCACAUCAGUGAGCCGAGGCUGGACGCCUCUCGGAGGAGGCACUCGUCCGGCGGGAUCUCCACCGCGUUGGAGACGCUUCUGCUGCCGGGGCUGGAGGGGUUGGGCCUGGACCUGGUUGCUGGAACAGGACAGACAGUGUCCUACGCUCAAUUCCUGUACCCGACCAACGCUCUGGUGCGGCAUAAGCCGGCCUCAGUGGACAUGACGCUGCAGCUGCCCUACUCCAGAAACAGCAUCCCCCGCAGCUACCCGCCCUCCAGACUCAACAGCACCGUGGGAUUAGACCUAGGUCUCGAUGACAGCGACUAUGACCCCAACCUCCUGAGUGACCACCAGUGGCCCUGUGGGAAACACAAGCGAGUGUUGAUCUUCGCCUCCUACAUGACCACCGUCAUCGAGUACGUGAAGCCAUCUGACAUGAAGAAGGACAUGAACGAGACCUUCAAGGAGAAGUUCCCCCACAUCAAGCUGACGCUGAGCAAGAUUAGGAGCCUGAAGAGGGAGAUGCGCUCCGUGGGAGAUGAGGGCAACCUGCAGCCGGUGACGGUGGCCAUGGCCUUUGUGUACUUUGAGAAGCUGGUGCUGCAGGGACGCCUCAACAAGCAGAACCGCAAGCUGGUGGCCGCCACCUGCGUCCUGCUGGCCGCCAAGAUCAGCAGCGACCUCAAGAAGCAAGAGGUCAAGCAGCUCAUUGAUAAACUGGAGGAGCGCUUCCGCAUCGGCCGGCGUGAGCUCAUCUCAUUUGAGUUCUCCGUUCUGGUGGCGCUCGAGAUGGCACUCUACCUGCCCGAGAGCAAGGUCAUGCCCCACUACCGCCGGCUGGUGCAGCAGCAGUCCUGAGUGGGAGUGGACGUAGGGGUCAGGGCGAGGGUCAAGGUCAAGGGGCGCCUCUUCACUCCCACAUGGCGAAGAGCUUCAGCAGCGGCAGGAGCAACGCUGGAGACUUAAAAAACACUACGCCCCCUGCUGGGUGAAAUUAUAAUACAUCCUGAAGCACACAGAGGGCUAAGAAACAAGGCUCUGGGUGCAAUUGUGUGUGUGUGUGUGUGUGUGUGUGUGUGUGUGUGUGUGUGUGUGUGUGUGUGUGUGUGUGUGUGUGUUUUAAAGAGACUCGGAGACACUGUGAGACCAUUAGCAACAUAAUACUAUUAUUUUAAGUAAUUCCAGUUGUUCCUGGUUUGUAAAUAGACUUUUUGUAAACAAAGAGCAGAAAGUGUGUAGUGGAGAGGGUGUUGUGUAGCAAAGAGACCAGUAUCUGUGUUCUUAAUAUACUGUGUGUAAACCCUUCUGUAUCACCCUAGCAGGUGGAUAUUUAAAGAUGCAACCAUUAUUACUCUAUGUUAAUAAUUCAAAAUGGUCAAACAAGUAAAACAAAACAUUCAAGUGGACAAGGGAAGAUUUAUCCCAGCAAAUAUCAUGUGUGUGUGUGUGUGUGUGUGUGAGAGAGAGAGAGAGAGAGUAAGGUCAUUUGAUUUUCAUAAUAGCAGCCAAAUAUAGUUGUUUUUUGUUUUGUUUGUUUUUUUGAAAGAUUACCUCUUAGUAUAUGAAUUAUGAAUUAUAUGAAAAUCUUUUUCUACAUACAAAUUAUUAACAAACAGAUGCAAUCUGAUCACCAACUCAAUAUUUAACUACAGGUCUUUGCCAUCCCUGCAGUCUGUUAAGAGACACCGUCCCCACUGGCGUAGAUGAUGACUAACCUAUCUACAUGCAGAUGAGUAGAUCAGAUUUCUGCAGAUGAGCAGAUUAAUACGUUGUGUACUCGCCUGAAACCAGAUUUACUCUAAACCUAGCCUAGCAUUAAGUAAGGCACUGGGACAAUCCUGUGAGGUUUGUGCUCUAUGUUAGAGACGGUGCUAAGUAAUAGCACAUUUAUCGUGCUACCCUUUGUACCCCCCCCCCUUUUCUCUCCCUGUCCCCUCUUGUCUGUAAGUGUAUCACACUGUGCCCCAUGUGCUGUUCAUCGUCAGUAAUGAGCACUCCCGUGCUCCGAGUCUGUUUCGUGCAGAGUGUUAAUCACUGUGAUCCAGGCUUCCCCACAGGCCAGGACGUUGCUGUGAUGAAUGGGCUUGUGCCACAGACUGCUAGUUCAGUUUUCCUCGUCGUUGAGUGUCCCUGAUUGUUGUGUUCAGUGUUAUACUCAUACUCGUAGUCGUUAGGCUAUGGGACUGUCUCAGUUUCUUAUGAGGAGGAUGAGCAGUUGGACUACAUAUGGUUUUGGGGUUUUCGUAUAUGUAUAGUCCUCUGGGUUUUUUGUUUUGUUUUGCCUAUGUAUGCAUGUAUGUAAACAAACAGAUUUGCACUUUAUAAGCGAUGCUGUACUCCACGGCAGCAUAGUGUUAAGGGAAAGAUCUCCUUAGACAUCCACUCUGUGUGAAAGAGAUUUUUACAAUAUCUUCCUUCCCCAUGCCAAUGUUCUGUAAAUGUUUUGUGCACCCCCCUGUGGACAUAGUCUGUCGUAGCAAUCUGAGAACCCCCAGCAAGGGGAAGAAAAGGGAAGUCAGGAUUCCUGAUAGAUUUAGGUUGUUCUCAGGAUUUAAUUCUACUUAAUCAGUUUUGUAAUAUUUUUGUCUUGUGACACUGUGACAAAAUUCAGCUGUUGCAUCAUUUCAAUAUUAUCAUUAUGUGUGUUUUUUUAAUCUGUUAUGUUUAUUCCAACACCCCAGCGCUUUUGUUGUAUUGCAAUACCUUUACACCUUGUGCUGCAAGAGUCAUAUUGUCUGUAGAAUCAUUUUACACUUUCCAUUCUACCUGCUUCCUGCUGUCAGCACGGCAGACCCAUCUUAGCUGUGGGUUUGUGUCUAUCUGUCUCCCCCGAAGAUGAAUGAGAUGGAUCUGUGAGCUCCCAGCGUGCAGGUCUGACCCUAUUUGAAGAGUCUCGGCAGGGCUCCUGCUCUGUUCUCUCUGCUUCCAUCUCUCUUCUGUUAUCAGUUAUUUAGUGCAGAAGAACCCUGUCAGUUAGAGAGCACUAUUUUUUAGAUGUGUAAAAUGCAAUGACAGAAUCCCAUGCAGGUAGUGGGGCUACGCACAUCUUUACAGUGUUUCUCAAUGCUUAAGUGAAUGGAGGAUGUUGCCAUUAAACCAUCAAAAGCAUUUCUGAUUGCUAAGACAAGUGUCCAUACUCAUUAGUGACUUAUUACACAUUAUUUACAGUUUGUAAAAAAAAGAAGUGCCUGUGAUUAUUUUAGCUUACCAUGUUAAGAUGUAUUUUUCUAAACCAUUACUGUUGCCCCCUACUCCUAUUUGUGGUGUAUUAAGAAGACUAAGGACUUAGCAGGAGGGACCAUGAGGUAUCCAGCACUGUGACCCCCAGAGGUAGCAAUAACAGAGCUUAGCUGAACAAGCUGAGUUUCGUUCUCCGACUGGCAAAUAGCAAAUAAUCUGGAGCUUAAUGUUGCAACAGUCAGGUCACCAAAUAACCCUAAAACAGGGUGUUCUGGCAUCAACCUUCAUCUGGCCUAACAAAUUCCUGAGUUGGAAAAUGGUUACAGAGAAGUUGUGUGGGGUUAGCACUUUGAUGUCAACAUUCCUUUUCCAGAUCAUGAAUUUCCCUGUUGCUUUUCCUGUUAUACUGUUUUCUUAUUGGUUUACAUUGUUUGUCAUUAAUAUUUUUUGUGUUACCCAAAAUACAUGUUGUAGCCUACUUAUGAAUUAUAUGUAUGUGAUUUUUAUUGUAAAUUGAAAAGUAACACUUUCUAAUAUAUUUUCUGAUUGCACUAA